CGCGGGAGGCAUGAUGCCACCCGGCAGCCCUUUUUAAGAGAAAAGCCAGGACCCGCGGACUAGCAACCCCUCAGCAGUGCUCUCCGUGCUGAGCAGCAGGACCAGCGCUGCGGUGAAGGCAUCAUGAGCGAGCGACAAGGCGCCGGGGCGACCAACGGAAAAGACAAGACACCGGGCGAGAAUGAUGGGCAGAAGAAAGUUCAAGAAGAGUUUGACAUCGACAUGGACGCGCCAGAGACAGAACGGGCGGCGGUGGCCAUUCAGUCCCAGUUCAGAAAAUUCCAGAAGAAGAAGGCUGGGUCCCAGUCCUAGCAGGGGAGACCCUUCCUAGCCGGCCAGGAGACACCGAGUGCAGCCACCAUCUGUCGAGAAGCUAAAGAAACCCCCCUAGAGAGGAAUCGCCUGCCCACUGCGCACACGCACUGCAGUCCCACGUUGCAUGUCCAGACACCCGGCCCUCCCCGCUCUUAGCAAGGUGUAGACCACGCGGCUGUGAGCGGCUUCCUGUCUGUGUCCGCCCCCAACACCUGCCUCCCCCCGUCCCCCGCAACUGCUUCCCCUGACGUUGUAAUAAAAUGGAGUGAAGAUGCGUGA